GCUAUCAAAAUUAAAUUCUUGUUUUCAAAAUUUAAGUUUUAUCAAAAAUAUAAUGAACAGCCCUCCGGCAACCAAAAAAAAUCAUCUUGUGAUGGUGGUUCUCACAGAUCCCAAGCGACGUGGUCAAAUAGAUGAUCAAAAUCUGGAAAAUGAUAUCAGGCUCUUGGACAGCAAGUCAAUGUUGUUGAGGAUGCAGAAUAGCUCAGCCAAAGCUGGUAAUCUAGUAAAUCCCCCUCGGUACUAUCGUCACCUGGAAUUCGAUUCAAUAGGACAGGAUUUUGAGAAUCACAUUAGAACGGAGCUAGGAGAUUUUAUAAGUCAAAUGUUUCGUCACCGACGUCAUGGAAGUCUGCUGCGUUUUGCCACCCAAAGAAACCAUAAUCCUAACUUCUUAACCCGCCUUUUGAUCAACGAAGUGGACAAACAGAUGGUCGAAAUGCGCUGUCGUUUGAAAUCAGUUAACAUAGAUUACUUUGACGUGCGAAAGUUUGACAUGGUCAACAUGUUGGUGGAACCCACUGCAGUUCCCAAUCGUCGAAGGGUUACACCAUGCGGAAAAAAUAUCUCAAACACCAGAGAUCUAUUUCAGUGGCUCAUCAAUGAUCUCACCUCUUUAAGGACUCGUGGAAUUGGCGAUGACUAUCUGGACUUUGAGUUUGUGUACCGGGAUAGUUUGGCCCUUCAGCACAGGAUUCAUCUUUCAGUGUUUCACAUCUUUGGCAGCGAAAACCGACCCGAUUUGGUGGAGUUCUUCCAGAAUUUGCCACAGGGCAGGCAAAAUGGUAGCACUCUAUUAAAUGAUUGUUUGAAAGAGUCCUUUGACUUUAGGAGUCCCAGUCCUGCGGUGGUCAUUUUCGAACUACCCAUAGCAGCCGAUCAAAGUGACGCAAGGAGAAAGAUCUUGAAACUAGCGGAUAUAGCUUAUGGAUCCCUGGAGAAAGCCAGAAAAUUAAUAGUUAAAUCGGAAACGAAAUCUAUCUCUCAGAGUUCUCUGCACUUAAGCAAAGUUUGUAGAGGUUCCGGAACCCGUAGUUCUGUGAGAUCCGUGCCUGAUGUAUCCCUAGCCCAUUGGCGUCGCACUGCCAAGUUCUCAGCUAAGGACUAUAAUGGGCUGGCCUACUGGUAUGGUCGCAUAGAUUCCAAGUUUUCGGAACUUAAACUGGCCAUGGAGCAGCAUUUUGUGGAUCUAUAUAGAAAGAAAAGUCUAGACCUGCGUAGUGAAAUUAGGUCCAUCAACCAAGAUCUGAGUGAGGAGAUUGACGAAAGUGGUGGCGAUGGUGCCAGGUUACCUUGGCCCAUUAGAGAUCCAGAUUCCACCAGGAAGAUAUAUUCCAUCUUAAAAAAAGAAUUCAAGCAACUAGAAACUGAGGCAGAGAAAACCCCAUUCGCCUCGACCCUAAAAGUCUAUAUUAGCACCAAAAACUAUGAACUUCAAGAGGCCGAAAAAAACCUCAAGCAAAGGGAAAUUGAGAAUCUAAGACUAGGUCUGAUUAAGUACAUCAAUACGCCGGAUUCCAGCAUUUCCGGGGACUAGAAGUUUAACUAAAUGUCACCGUGAUGUCACUUGUGA